AUGAGCUGCAUGUCGGCCGAACGCGGAUUCCCGACCAAGCGCCGCUUCCCGCUGCGCGCCAUCGAGCGCUUCGGCAUCGCCGAGCCGGACGUGUCGGUCAAGUGCUGCCACGCCAUCGCCAUCAGCGGCGACAUGGACCAACUGGUGCGCUUCCUGCCGACGGCCGUCAUGCGCACGUUCAACCGGCACCCACGACUGCGCGCGCUGGUGGUCAAGAGCGAGGAGUUCACGGCCGAGGUGCAGCCGCAGAUCAAGCUGGACGACGUGGCGGCCAAGAAGCUGCUGCGCGUGCGCGAGAUCUCCGACUCGGACGAGGACGUUUCCGCCUGGAAGAACUGGAACCAGUUCGUGCAGAGCGAGACCCACGUGCCGUUCGACCGCUUCACGCAGUUCAUGUUCUACCUCACCGUGUGGGUCAACCGCGCGGAGGGCAAGGCGCGCUUCUUCCUCUUCUCGGACCACAUCAUGUCGGACGGCGACUCGGGCAUGAUCUUCGUCAACGACACGCUCGAGGACGUGGCGCUGCUGUCCAUCGAGGCCGUCAAGCCCGUCAAGGAGCUGCCGCUGCGGCCGUCGCUCUAUGACAUGUGGUUCACGAGCCCCUGGUGGCUCAAGCCCGUGGCCAAGACCGUGGUCGCCUUGGUCGGCGGCUCGGCCUUCGUCAACUUCAUGAAGGUCUUCAAGCCCGUGCUCACCCCGCGCGCGGACCAGCAGGACUUCGGCAUCCCGUUCAAGCAGAACAGCACCACGCUGCUGAGCCAGGCCGGCAGCCCCACCAACAUGCGUGACACGCUGCGCAAGUGCAAGGAGGAGGGCGUCACGCUCGGCGGCGCGCUCAUCCCGAUGCUGGUGCUGGCCUUCUACCACGCCAGCAAGGUCGACAAGAAGCUCAACGGCACGGAGGAGACCGACGGCCCGUUCCGCUUCGUGGCCGACAUUUGCUACAACAUGCGCCAGCGCGUGCCGGAGCCCGCCGAGGAGCGCCAGGUGGGGCUCUACGUGACCAACACGCCGCUCCAGUGGCUGGCCGCCGAGGGCGUCAACAUGAAGACCGAGAAGUUCUGGGACCUCGCGCGCACGUCCAAGCAACAGAUGGCGGAGCAGGGCGACAAGCUCCUGGAGAUGGCGCUGCCGUGCUUCCUCAUGGACCGCAAGCUCAUCAAGCCCAAGGUCGGCGACCUGCUGGGCGACUUUAAGAUCCCGAGCUCGUGCACGGGCGACGCGACUAUCUCCAACCUCGGCCGCUACAUCUACAAGACCAAGCACAUCCUGGGCGCCAACGGCCAGCUCACCGUGGACGACAUGUUCGCCUUCUGCGCCAUCCCGUUCGUGGCCACGUCGUCCACGAUCUGGCUGUCCACGGUCAACGCCUUCAACUACUCGCUGGCCCACAAGGUCGACGAGCAGGUCGGCAACGCGCUCUUCAACGCCUACGUCAAGAUCUGCGAGAACGCCAGCAACAUCCAGAAGGACGAGACGAUGGAGGAAGUGCUCAAGCGCCUCGGACUGGAGGCCUAG